AAAAUUCCCAAAAUUUCGAUCACUCCGCCAAACCUUCACCUUCACCUUCACCUUCACCUUCACCUGCAGCUUGCAACAUUCAUCUCUUCUCCGUGAACUCCCUCUCUCUCUCUCUCUCUCCACUUUGGAUAUUCACAGGCCGAAGCGAAGGCUAAUUUCAGUGUCUUUCUUGCUCUGUAUAUGUGUAUACGCAUAAGAAAUUAUAUUAUAUAUUGACUCGUUCUGGUGCUGAUGGCGACAUCGGCGUUCAAAUCAGCUACGAAGAGAACUCCGAUGGGAAGCGCAUCAAGCACGGACGACUGCGGUUCCUCCAGCAAGGCUCACCGUCGCUCGAGGAGUCUCAGCCGGUUCUCUCGGCCGAAGCCGGAGCCGCCGUCCGAGGGGGAUGGUCCGGCGCCCAGGGGUAGGUUUGUGAACACGGUCAGAGGGUCGGGAUUUCCUGAGAUCAGCCUCGAUGAUCUUGCCAUCGAGUUCUUCAAGGACUCCGCGACGGAGAGGGAGAGCGACAGAGGCCGGUCGGCUCGCCGGUUUUCCGAAGUCAGUCCUGCAGGUGCAGAAAAUGCAUCUUCGCAGAGGCGGGGGAGGUCGGUGUCGAGACAGAGCUCACGAAUUGUCGAUGGAAAGAGUAGUUCGCGUCACGCUUCUAGUGGUGGGACGGUGGCUUCUGAUGCUAAUUCCAGGAGGAGGCGGUCCGUUUCGGUGAUUCGGUAUCAAAUUAGCGAUUCUGAGAGUGAUGUAGAUCUUUCUCAGAAUUCUGGCAAUCAUGCUAAUACGAAGUGUGUCAACUACGGAAGCAGCCAGAUGCCUUCCUUUCAGAGGCCAACAGCUUCAAGUCAUCGGCGACUUGGAAGGUCUCUCAGCCAAAAAGAUCUAUCAAAGAUGCAAGAUGGCUAUUCGAGCCAUUCUUCUGCAUUAACUGAUGAUGACACAAAAGAUGGCCGUUUUGGUAAAAAUAUGGCCGAGAAGACAAUCUGGACAGUUUAUGCACAGAAAAAGGCAGAGCACACCACUGGGGACGAUGUGAAUGGGUUGUAUCAAGUAAUGCGAAAAGAACUUAGACAUGCUGUUGAUGAAAUCAGAACAGAACUUGCAAUGGCAGGAAAAACCCCUGCUUUAGCAAGUGCUAAGUAUCGGCAGUCUGACAAAAAAGAUGCUCGUCAGGCUGUUUCUACAAUCAGGAAAACUUACGCAACAAAAUUGGAACAGUCAGAAAAAUGUCAGCAAGAUCUUUUAGCUGAGAUAGCAUUUGAGGAGCAACGUGGUAGGGAAUCCUCGAAGAUUAUGAAAGAAUUGCUUCCUGAUCCAAGGAGCUCCACUGCCGCACAAAAGCCAAUGCGAAUCAGAAAGAGGAGCAACGACAAGAAUAGAGUGUCCACGAAAUUGGCUGAAGAGGCAGAGAAAUACUUAGAGGACUUCAUAUCAAAUGUUGAAGACACGGACAUCUCUUCAUUUGAUGGUGAAAGGAGCGAUACAAGUUCAACAUUGGGAGCCGUAAGGACCAGAGAGACUUCAUUGUAUUCUGCAGAAUCAGAAAACUUUCAAAGUCCAGCAGGUUCUAAUUCUCUUCCUGUUGAAAUGGAGGGCGUUAUUCUUCCUUGGUUGAAAUGGGAGACCAGCAAUGAUAGUUCCCCUUUUCCAUCGAAGAAUAAGAAAGAGCUUCCUGUGACUCCAAAGAAUAGAUUUUGGGAUGCACUUCAGGGAGCAAUUUCAGCGCAAGAAUCAAGCUCUCGUUCAACUAGCAGUCGUGGGAGCUGGAGCCCAGCCCUCGAUACCCUGACAUCGAGCACCAGAGAAAGUAAUAGGAGCAAGAAAGAGCUCACUUGUCACCAAUGGCCGGAAUUUGACAUGGAAAGGUAUACCGAACUUGAAAAGGAGGAAGAUCUUCUGUUUGAAAGAUGGAGAGAACAGAGUAGACUCAAUUGUGGUGGUAUGUUACUUUGUAGUAAUGCCUUUAUUUAGGCCCCUUUUGACCCUUAAUCUAAAUUUUCGCAUAAAGGCAGUUCACCAAGUAUAAUUGGGUGUAAUUUUAGGGGCAGUACAUAUUAGUUUAAUAUGAUCUUCUUUUAGUUUUCUAGUUGCUCGAGGAAUGGAGGAACGAAUUCCUGUUACUAAAUGGACAUAAGUGUAGAUCUUUUGAGUCUUUAUGUGUCGGUAUCACGCCCAUUUCUCCAUUAACGGCAUACCUGUAAUAUUGUAUUUGUGGGAAGGGCCAACAAAUAGGGGCAGUAACCGAAAUUUAAUUAGCUUAUCCAUUUUUAACUUUUGUAGUGUAUUUACUCUCUAGGGGCCUUUUUAUACUAUUGGCUGCUACAUUAUUGUAUCGGGAGUUUUUAUUAUGAUGUCAGAUUUUGAUGUAUAAGAACAAUUACUUCAUUCAUAAGGUUUGACACUCACAUUGGGGGGGAUUAUCCUUUGAUUUUGAGAAAUUAUGAGGACUGUUCUUAGAAGU